GCUAGUAGGGACGGAGUAGUUGCAAAAACAAAUUUAAAUCCACAUUCUAGAAGAAGCGGGAAAAACCCCGCCCCCGACCGUCUCUCCCGGUGCACAACCACUAGAUCUUCUGAAUGCACUUCUGAAUUUCAAUUUGAACAGUUGAAUUGUGCUACAGAUUUCCAAUCACAUCACACCAUAAUCGCUGCCGCUCUAAACGCAAACAGUUGGUGUAACGAAGGAGAAAUUCUGGUAAGUAAUGUCGAAAUUCGAUUACCCCAGGCUUCCCCGCCACGACAUCGUCGUGGUACUGGCGGAGUCCCAGAUCGCCGCCGUGUCGGAGGCCGACCUCCACCGCCCCGACCCCGACUUCAUCUGCAAACUCUAUUCUCAUAUACUCAUCUAUAUGGACAUUCUCAAGGACGAUGAGGAGCAGAUGGAAUUCGAGGCGCUGGAGCAUCUUGAAAACCCCGAACACCACAUGCACUCGGUUCGGAUCAUGAAUUUGUUCGUCAAACUUCGACAGCUUUUGGCGGCUAUAAGAUGUCCCAAAUCCUUCACCCCGAAAGACUUGAUAAAGCCGGAUCCCGACCGCACCGAAUGCUUCCUCGGCGCCCUCCUCAAUUUUCACCUCCACAGGCACGCAAAAAUGGAGCAAUUGAAGCCUGUUUUCGAUGAUCUGGAGCAUUUUGAGCAGCAGAAGCUAGCUGCUGAAGCUAGAAUAUUGCAGCUGAAAGCGGAGAUAGCAGAGCUUGAGGAGUUGAGAGAGAAGGAGCUGCCGCUUGUACAAGAAGUGAGUUUCAAGAUUAAGGAACUGCAUCAGACUGUUGAUGAACUCAACAAGCAUCAAGCAACUUUGAGGACUACGAUUAAACAAUUGAAGGAGAAAGGCAAAGAAACUGAUGAGAAGAUCUCUAAUGCAGAAUUUGCUCUGGUUCAAAGUGUUCAAGAAAAUGCUAGUUUACGUUCUAAAAUCGUACAAUCACCCGACAAGCUCCAGAGGGCUUUGGAGGAGAAAAAGUUGGCCCUAGCUGAGGCAAAAGAUGCUGAAAGAGCUGCAACACAAUCAUUUCAGGAUAAGACUGCCAAGCUUGAGGCCUAUGCUAAGGCUUGUAAGAAAAUCUCUAAGCACUUUAGUCAGAUGCAGGCUGUACAAGAGCAGGUAAGUUCUGCAAAGUCAGUUGAGAAAGACGUGAAGGUCCUCAAAAGUAAGCUUAGUGAUGAAGAUGUUCUAGUUAAAUCACUGGAAGCAAGACUUGUGGAAUUGCAAUCAAAAGCGGACCAGCUAAAAGAUUUCAAGAGGCAACUGGAGAAAGAGAAAGCUGCACGCCAAGAAGAGGCAGAUAAGGAGGUAAAUAAUGUUGAAUCUGAAGUGGAAUCAAAGAGGCGUGCAUUAGAAUUGAGGCAGAAACAGGUGGAAUCUGUGGUUGCUGAGUCGGAUACUAUAAAUUUGAAGAGAAAAAAUACGAGGGAGGAAGCAGACACUAAAAUUCGAGAAUUAGGCCUUAAAUCAGAAGAAAUUUUGUCAGAGUUCGAGAAGUAUUCAAAAUCGAUAAGCAACUUGCUAGCAUCGAGUGGACAAGAGCACGAAGCUAUUCGUGGAAUGAGCUAAGAAUUUUUACGCAACACAAUCAAAAAUGUUCCUGUAGUAUCAUGUAUAUUCGAUCUACCCUUUGACUCUUUAAAUUUUAUCAUGUAUUACAGUGUUAGUAUAGUUUUUUUUUUCUUCUUUUUUAAAAGAGGAUUAACAAUGCUUCCUCAUUUCCCCUUUGAUGAUUCGAACCCCUUAUCUAUUGAUUGGAGGGGAAACAUUUUAUCAAUUGAGCUACGUUUUGUUA